AAUGUUGAAGCUAGGUUGCGUCUUCGUGCAGCAGGAGAAUUAGAGAAGCAAAAACAAAAGAACCAGGAAAAUUUUGAUGCCAAAUAUUGCAAGAUUCAAGAAGCACUAAGAUGCCUGAAUGACUAUCGUGUGACAUGUGAAAUACGUGGCUUAGGCUAUUAUGACACCUUCAAACUUCAACAAGAUCCUGAGGACUUCAAUGCUAAUGUCAAAAGACUGGAACUUGCUGGUCUUUGGGAUGAGAUUCUUGAGAUGCUGAGGCGGUAUGACCUUCCCGAUAGUUUUGAGAGUCGUGCUGAGUGGGUGAGGUUAGGAACCACCUAUAGACAGAUUGUUGAGCCUUUAGAUAUUGCCAAUUACUACAGGCACUCAAAGAAUGAAGACACAGGACCCUAUAUAGCAAAUGGACGGCCAAAGCGCUACAGAUGUGUACAAAGAUGGUAUGAGCAAUCCCGCCGAAUGGCUACAGGGUCGAGUUCGGAAAGUUGUUUCUGGGCAAUGGUUGAGGAUCUUUGUACUGAUGCCAAUAACAACAGACCAUAUGAAGAUGUUAGAGAUAAGGUUUUAGAACUGGAAAGGAAAGUACUAAGGUGGAUGACUAAUGAUAAAUUAGGUAAAGAUGUUUUAUUUCAUAACUCCACUUUUGCCAUAUGGUGGAAGGCUUUACCCGAGCAUCAUAAGUCUGAGUCCUGCAUUGCCAGCUUAAUGAGCAAGGGAUGAGAAGCCGAGCAAAUAAUUCCACAUGGAUUGGAUUUGUUCUUGUGAGUAUAUUUGAGAUAUAAACAUUAGUGGCUUUGUACGGCUUUGUUGUUUAAUUGUACUUCACAUAAUUUU